AUGACAGAUGGUCAUACAGCCUCUAAGCAAGCAACGGCUUUAUCGACUCUGUUAGAAAAUAUUCGCCAGAGGACGAAGAAGACAAUUCGAUUUCAGACAGUCUCUGCAGACAACGCAAGUUCUUUUAAGCCAAAAGUCCUAGCACAAGAACUUGCAAAAGGGUCGACAUCCACAGUACAGCCGAUAUAUCAUAUUCGCUGUUUAGCCCAUAUUUUCAACCUUGUUGUUCGAGCGAUUUUUGAGGCUCUUCGAAUUUCGAUGGUAGAAGCCUCUACAGAGUUUGAGCCUUCUACUACUCGAGCUAAAGAUCAAGAGGACUCUGACGAUGAUUUUGAUACUGAAGAUUCUACUGCUGGGGAAAAUCCUUUUGGAGCUGUUAUUCAAAAGAGAUAUCUGAAGGUCUCUGAUGAUCUUACUAAGAUCUCUAUUACUGCUACAGGAGAUGCUCCCUCCCCGCCUCCUUACGAAGUCUCAGUAGAAGAGGAGGAUAUUAGCGAUAGAGAUGAGGAGCUGCCAUCCUUAUCUAGCUCUCAACAGCCAAAACUAUCGAGUCAAGUUUCCCAACUUAGCAACUCACCUACGCCUUCUGUAUCCCAAGAACUCCCAAACUUCUCCGAGCUUGGGGGUCGCAAAAAGAAGAGACUUACUCGGCUAGAUCUUGUCGAACUCUCUCCUGACGAGGAUAGCGAUUAA